AUGGGCUGGGUAUCGAUUCUGACAUGUCCUCUGUCGUUCGUUCUUGGUUUUACAAUCCAAUUACUGUCCUACUUGUUGGCAACCCUUCUCUUCCUCGCAUCACCAUUGAUCUACAUCGGACAUGUCGUCUUAUACCUGGCACUGCUUCCAUUGCGUAUCCUCGUGAUACUAAAGGGGCUCAUCUAUUUCAUGACCGGGGCUGUGCUUGUCGGGGCCACUAUAGGCAUGAUUCUACAUUUCACUGGCAGCACCAUAUCACAGCUCCUGCAAAUUGAAGAGUCAGAUGAGCCCCAGCGGCCUCGUUUGAAACGGGAGCUUCUAGAGCCUGAACCCCAGAAUCCAUCCUUCGACUACCUGGAAGCACAGAUGGAGGAUCGCAAGUUCCUGCCCUACUCGACGAUAUUGGAGGAGGAAGAGAACAGUCAUGAGUCAGGUUGA